UGUUGUCAUCUCUGAGGAAGAUGUCAGCGCACGAUCACCUGUCUUUCUGUCUGUGCGAUUUAAUCAGGUUACUGUGGUCACUGCUGUUGCCAUGUUUCUAUCUGAGUCUCGUCCUGACAGCCAUCCUCUUCCUCUUCAUCAUGGGAGUGAGAACCUGGCUGCAGAUGAAGAGGAAGAGCAGGAGAGCUCAGGACGGCCGUCCCGCCGUGGCCUUCUUCCACCCGUACUGCAAUGCAGGAGGAGGAGGAGAGAGAGUGCUGUGGUGUGCUUUACGUGCUCUUCAAAACAGGUAUCAAGAUGUUUCCUUCGUGGUUUACACAGGUGAUCAGGGUGUGACAGCAGAAGAGAUUUUAGAUGGAGCGCGGCGGCGCUUCAACAUCAGACUCCCCCGAGCCGUUAAGUUUGUGUUCCUGAAACAUCGUCUCCUGGUGGAUGCCAAACUUUACCCACACUUCACCCUUCUGGGGCAGAGCGUGGGCUCCAUCUUCCUGGGGUGGGAGGCCUUGACUGAGUUUGUUCCAGACCUCUACAUUGACUCAAUGGGCUAUGCCUUCACCCUACCUGUGUUCCGUUAUCUGGGUGGCUGUCAUGUAGGAAGCUAUGUGCACUACCCAACCAUCAGCACUGAUAUGCUGUCAGUGGUUCGAGAAAGAAACCCAAGGUUCAAUAAUUCAGACUACAUCUCCAGUAACCCUGUACUGAGUGCCAUCAAAGUGAUUUACUACUGUGUCUUUGCGCUGCUGUAUGGCCUGGCCGGUUCCUGUAGUGACGUAGUCAUGGUAAAUUCCACCUGGACUUUAGGUCACAUUCUGGCUCUGUGGCACGCUCCUAACCGCACCAGUGUGGUCUAUCCACCAUGUGAUGUUCAGGCCUUCCUGGACGUCCCUAUUGGGGAUGAAGAUGAAGAGAAGGAGAGAAAGAAGUGUCACUCUGUGGUCUCCGUGGGUCAGUUCCGGCCUGAAAAAGACCAUCAGCUGCAGAUUAAGGCUUUUAGAAAGCUUCUGGACAGGAAGGGGGUGGAGUCUGCCGGGCGAGAGACCGUGAAGCUGGUGUUGAUAGGUGGAUGUCGUAACCAGGAAGAUGAAGACAGGGUACAGAUGCUGAAGGGAUUGUGUCUAGAUCUGGGUGUGGCAGAUAGGGUGGAGUUUAAACUCAAUAUCCCAUUUGAAGAACUGAAGAAAGAUUUAACAGACGCCACAAUCGGGCUGCACACAAUGUGGAAUGAACAUUUCGGUAUUGGUGUAGUGGAGUGUAUGGCUGCAGGAACAAUCAUUCUGGCUCACAAAUCCGGUGGUCCGAAGUUGGACAUUGUAGUUCCUUAUGAUAAUGGUCCAACUGGCUUCCUGGCAGACAAUGAAGACAGUUAUGCAGAUGCCAUGGAACGAAUCCUUUCUAUGACUCCUGCAGCUCGAUUGGAGAUCCGACGCCGGGCGCGUCUGUCCGUCACCCGCUUCUCAGACCAGGAGUUUGAAGGCUCAUUUCUUGCAGCCGUGGAGCCUCUAAUGUCAACACUAAGACUGUGAGUGAUAGAGGAGGGGGUCAUGGUGACUGACUAUAGGGAAUCAGCUAGAAAUAGUUCAGUCUAGUUCACAAGCGUGUGCUGGCCCCAUAAUGCUGACUCCAAAUCAUUCCUUGUCCAUAGCAGAAGUGAGCACUUCAUACCUGCCUGUCUUGUGAACAUUUGCUCUUUAAGUAAUAUCACUAAGGUAAGGGAAAAGCAUCAUGGAAAAUGCUAGUUCUGGUGAGAUGCCACCUUUUGCUUUAACUUAAUGACAGAUUGAAUGACAGAUUGCUGCAAAUGAACAGAAAGCAGUAGAUUUUGUUUAAUUUAAAUGCAAACAUGCAGUUUUUUCCUUCAUAUCUGUUAUAUAUACAUUAUGUAUAAAUGUAAUGGCUUUGUUUUGUUUUAUUGUAAAAGGUUUUAGAGGGUUACACAACAAGACUACUCUUGGAAGAUUCAAAUUAUACUAAUGCUUUGUUCUUUUUUUUUUUUGUUCUUUUUUACAAUAAAUUAUAUAUGAGUGGUGGUCUGGAAAUAUAAACAAAAUGUUUGUCCUGUUUGUUGGUAAAUAGACUGAAUUCACUAUUACCACAUCAUUUUAAGUAGCAAUAUUUUGAUGUAAUUAUUACAUUCACAGUUAUUACAUUGGAAAGCUGUGCUCAGUUCUCGUUUUUGUUGCAUACAGCUGUCCAAACCUUUCACACGAUUAACCAACCUCCAGUAACAGAAUUGGUUUUACAUUAUAACUGCUGUAUACAGAAAAGCUGUCCUAGGAGCACAGAUUCUGGGUAAGGGAAGCAGUGUUUGUCUGUCUAGACUAGAUAGGAAAGUGAGAGAGAGGCCAAAUUAAACAGCACAUAGUAUCUGUGAAAAGAGGAGAGAACUGAGAGGGUUGAGAGUAUUUAAACAGCUAGUAACAUAUAUAACUUAUAAAACCUAACAAUCAAAUUUGCUAAAUGAAACGAGUAUAUUUUUCUCAAAUACUACUGAAAGUUCAAAUUGAGUUACGGCGUAUUUUGUUUUCUCAGUAUGCUUUGAUUUAGAUUGUUAAGGAAAGUGAAUGUUGAAAUUGUGAUAUCUGUCUAUUUUUGCAUAAGAUUAACAGGGGAGAUCUCUUAGUGUUUUAGAUUUUAUAAUAAUUAAUAUUAAGAAAUAGUCUCUUUUUUGUGGACUCAAACUGAAUAAGCUCACAGUAAAUAGUAUAUUGGUUAACUUUAAUGCAAUUGUUUCCUAGAAUGGUUAACCUUAACUAAUAUCGGGUAUUACAGUGUGCAUGUGUACUUUCUAAUAAUAAUAAAUAUUAUUUAUAAUAUGAAUGAUGCAUUUAUAUAGCCGUACUAAUUUACAGUACUUGUCAAGCAUGAUUUUAAAAAGUUUUUAAUGAAUUCUCUUCUGCUCACCAAGGCUGCAUUUGUUUGAUCCAAAAUACAGUAAAACAGUAAUAUUGUAAAUUAUUAUUAAUUUAAUAAAUGUAUUAUUGAAAAUUCAGCUUUGCAUCACAGGAAUAAAUGAAUAUAUUAAAAUAGUAAACAGUAAUUUUGAAUUGUAAUAUUUCACAAUAUUAAGCUGUAAGUAAAAAAGAAUAUUGGAGUACAUUAUACAAGAAAAUACAAUUUCAGUCAAAAUGUCACAUUUCAUUUUGUAAUCAACUGUGAAAUUUACUAGCAAAGUACGAGUUAAAAUAGUUUCUACAACAUUUAUUUUUUUUUUCAUUGAAUGCUUCAAGGAACAAGGCUAUUUUUCAUAAUGUAUUAAUUGCAAUAUUUGUUGCCUGAAACAAUAAUUCUGCCUUAAACAUUUUUACGGUUUCAUAAUUCUUGUACUGUUUAAUAUUUGAUGAAAAGCCCAUGAUAGGCAAUUUAAUGACAAAUUCCAUUGCAACACUCCACAUUCUGUUAUUAGGAUAUGGUGUCACAACUGUCAACGUGUUCAAUAACUGUGUAAUAGUUCAAAUAUGUUUAACAGACUAUACAGAAAUGAAACAAUUUUGAGAAAUAUUCACAGGAGUAAGAAGUGUAAAUUAGCUGUAACAAUUCAUGAUUACAAUCAUAGGAACUUGUCAAGCUUUUCCUGAACACUGCUCUGCAUCUGUUGGUAAUAGGAGAUUCUCAGAAACUACUAAUGGUUAAUA